AUGAUUGACACAUUCUACCAAGGAUAUAGCCAAUAUCGUGAAACAAUCUACAUUGUGUUCGGUAUCGUUUGCCUUAUUUCAUGGUUGGCUUUCAACGUAUACGCUGUCAGGGAUUACUUUUGUCCAAUCUAUUUUCGCAGAAAGUAUUCGGAUAUCACAAUGAAAGCCGUCGAUGACUAUUACCGCAAAUUUCGGCAGGCAAACACACUUUCCCUAUCCUUAAAAUCAAAUCCGCCUCCUCAGCAUAAUACAAGUGAACUCGAUCGAUUUAUCGUAUGA